AGCAGAAUUCUGGCUCUAGCUACCAUCAGAGAGAGUGAUGAUCUUACCACCCCUGAUUUCGAAGAAUCCCAGGAAAAGCUUAACCACUUUAUGCAACAACAGCCUCUAGUCUACCCGUUUGCUGAGCCCAUCCCUUACCCCAUCCUUCCCCAAAACAUCCUGCCUCUUCUUGCUCAGCCUGCCAUGGUGCCCCCUUUCCUUCUGCCUGAAGUAAUGCAAGUCUCCAAAUCUAAACAGACCGCCUUUGCUAAGCACAAAGCGAUGCCCUUCCUUCAAUCUCCAGCGAUGUUCUCUUUUGACCCUCAAAACCCAAAUCUCAAAAAUCAGCCCCUUUCUCUGUCUCUGCUCCAGCCCUUGAUGCACCAGGUCCUUCAGCCUGUUCCUCAGACUGCCAUGCUUCCUCCUCAGUCCCUGUGGUCUCUUUCUCAGCUCAAAUCCCUGUCCAUUCCCCAGCAAGUGGCGCCCUACCCUCAGAGAGCUAUGCCGGUCCAAACCCUUCUGCUCUACCAAGAUCCCACCUCCCACCAGUUCUAUCCUGCGACUCAACAACCACUUGCCCCAGCCCACAACCCCGUUAUUGUAAGUCCAAUUUACGUACUUUGCUGUUUCAUUCAUGAUAUAUUGGUAGAAUAA